AUGAGGAAACGGAGAAGCCCGAGGGUUCUGCUGGCUCCGACGCCUCCACCGCUGAAGGAGAAGCAGACCAGGGGCCUGGUGGGAAGGCCCAAACCUCUCAGUGUGGUGGAGCAGGCUGACAGACCAGAGGGAGCAAGCUCUGCUCCCGUGACCCAACCCUCCUUUCCCAGAGCCUCUAUCGAGCUGGUGGAAGCCGAAGUGUCAGAAUUGGAGACUCGUCUGGAGAAGCUCCUCAAGCUGGGCACCUGCCUCUUGGAAAGUGGGCGCCAUUACGUUGCCACCGGCCGCGCCUUCAUCCUCGGCAUUUGUGAUCUGGGCCGCCUGGGUCCACCGGAGCCCAUGAUGGCGGAAUGUCUGGAAAAGUUCACUGCGAGCCUGAGCCACAAGCUGGACAGCCAGGCAGAGCUUCUAGAUGCUACCCAGCACACCCUGCAGCAGCAAAUCCAGACCCUGGUCAAGGAGGGUCUCCGAGCUUUCCGGGAGGCUCGCCGGGACUUCUGGCGGGGAUCCGAAAGCUUGGAGGUGGCUCUUACUCACAAUGCCGAGGUUCCCCGGCGCCGGACCCAGGAGGCCGAAGAGGCCGGAGCUGCUUUGCGGACUGCGCGAGCUGGGUACCGGGGACGGGCAUUGGAUUACGCCCUGCAGGUCAAUGUGAUUGAGGACAAGAGGAAGUUUGACAUCAUGGAAUUUGUGCUGCGAUUAGUGGAGGCCCAGGCUGUCCAUUUCCAGCAAGGCCAUGAGGAGCUGAGCCAGCUGGGCCAGUAUCGCAAGGAGCUAGGUGCCCAGUUGCACCGGCUGGUCUUGAAUUCAGCACGAGAGAAGAGGGACAUGGAGCAGAGGCAUGUACUGCUGAAACAGAAGGAGCUGGGUGGGGAGGAGCCUGAGCCAAGCCUAAAGGAGGGCCCCGGGGGCCUGGUCAUGGAAGGACAUCUCUUCAAACGGGCCAGCAAUGCGUUUAAGACUUGGAGCCGACGCUGGUUCACCAUUCAGAGCAACCAGCUGGUGUACCAGAAGAAGUACAAGGACCCCGUGACUGUGGUGGUGGAUGACCUGCGACUCUGUACAGUGAAGCUCUGCCCCGACUCAGAGAGGCGCUUCUCCUUUGAGGUGGUGUCCCCCAGCAAGUCCUGCUUCCUCCAGGCUGACUCAGAGCGCCUGCUGCAGCUGUGGGUCAGUGCCGUGCAGAGCAGCAUCGCCACUGCCUUCAGCCAGGCUCACCCCGAUGACAACCUGCGGACCCCAGGCCAGGGCUCAGGACACCUGGCCAUGGGCUCUGCCGCUACUCUGGGCUACGGCGGGAUGGCCAGGGGCAGGGAGUCUGGGGGCAUUGGGCACGUGGCAGCCCAGGUACAAAGUGUGGAUGGCAAUGCCCAGUGCUGUGACUGUCGGGAGCCAGCCCCCGAGUGGGCCAGCAUCAACCUUGGUGUCACCCUCUGCAUCCAGUGCUCUGGCAUCCACAGGAGCCUGGGUGUCCAUUUCUCCAAAGUCCGGUCUCUGACUCUUGAUUCAUGGGAGCCAGAACUAGUGAAGCUGAUGUGUGAGCUGGGGAACGUGGUUAUCAACCAGAUCUACGAGGCGCGUGUGGAUGCUAUGGCGGUGAAGAAGCCAGGGCCCAGCUGCUCCCGGCAGGAGAAGGAGGCCUGGAUUCAUGCCAAAUAUGUGGAAAAGAAAUUCCUGACCAAGCUUCCUGAAGUGCAGGGCCAAAGAGGCGGCAGGGGACCUCCCAGGGGGCAUCCUCCUGUGCCCCCGAAGCCUUCCAUCAUUAGGUCCAGACCAGGGGGCUUCAGUGGAAAGACAGAGCCCCCCUCUGAUGACCUGGGCAGCCUGCACUCUGGGGCCCUCCUGUUUCGAGCCGCUGGGCAUCCACCAUCACUUCCCACCAUGGCAGACGCCCUUGCCCAUGGAGCUGAUGUCAACUGGGUUAACGGUGGUCAAGAGAAUGCCACGCCACUGAUCCAGGCCACAGCUGCUAAUUCUCUCCUGGCCUGUGAGUUUCUGCUUCAAAACGGAGCGAACGUGAACCAAGCAGACAGCGCCGGCAGGGGCCCGCUCCAUCACGCAACCAUUCUGGGCCACACGGGGCUCGCCUGCUUGUUUCUGAAACGCGGAGCUGAUCUGGGGGCUCGGGACUCUGAAGGCAGAGACCCUCUGACCAUCGCCAUGGAAACAGCCAACGCGGAUAUCGUCACGUUGCUGCGAUUAGCAAAGAUGAGGGAGGCCGAAGCAGCCCAGGGCCAGGCAGGAGAUGAGACGUAUCUGGACAUCUUCCGUGACUUUUCCCUCAUGGCAUCGGAUGACCCAGAGAAGCUGCGCCGGCAGAGUCACGAGCUUCACACGCUUUGAUGGCCCAGGCCUGCCUUGGGGGCCCUGCACCCUCAGGCCGUCCCCACCCCCUUCCCCCACCUCUACCUCCACCGGCUCCAGCGUCAUUAAAUCCUUUCACUUUG